AUGCCUCUUCUCACUUCAACGUCAGGAGCAAGUGACGAACCGUCGAUUGUUAUUCUCAUGGGUUGGAUGGGGGGCAUGGACAAGACUGUUCAGAAAUACGCCGAAGCAUACAAGCAGAUGUAUCCCUCAAGCGAGCAAGUGAUUGUGCUGUCAAAGCCGGUCGAGGUCUUCGGUUCUGAGGCCGUUCGAGCGCCUAGAUUGCGUGCAGCCCUUGACAAGUUGGCUGACAUGGGGUUGUUAUCCACCAAUCCGGCUGGGCCUCCACCUCGUAUUCUCAUACAUGCAUUCUCGAACGGCGGCUCUCUCUCUCUCUCCGAUCUCGCCUCCUCCCUCCACAAGCGCUGUACCGGCAACAUCCCCGGCACCAAGUGCGCACUCAUCUUCGACUCUGCGCCCGCGCCCAGCAGGCUGGGCAUGCUCGUUCGCGCCGUAACCGCUUCCAUGCGCUCGCUGCCCCUACGCGUCCUCACCGCUGCGCUGCUCACCGUCGUCUGGGCCGUCCUCACCAUCAUGCGUCUUGUCGCAGGGGACCCUGACCCAAUGGCCGUCAUGUGCGCACGCAUGCAGGAGCCGACACUCUUGCCCUGGACGGAUGCGCGGACGCCGCGGCUGUACCUAUGCUCCACAGCGGACAAGAUUGUGCCGCUGGCACUGAUCGAGCAGCACGCGGCGGAGGCGAAGGCGAAGGGGUACCCAGUGAGGGUGGUGAAGUUUCAGGACAGUGCCCAUGUUUCGCAUGCGAAGACCGACCCGGAGAGAUACUGGAGGGCGGUGAGAGAGUUUUGGGAGGAGGCGGUCAUAGGCGCUUGA